UCCAAUCACCGCGGGCGGGGGGAGGGUCUCAGGUGGUGGGGGGUGCCCCGCCCACUUCCGCGAUACGCGGGCUCCGCGCGCGCACACAGCUGAGCUGGCUGCGAGGAUAUCGAGAAAUCCCGCGCUAGCCCUCGAUAGCUCACGGUCCGGCGUGCGGGAAGGCGUCACGCGUGGAUGAGCACCCGCGCCAGGGCGCGCGCCGCUCCGGGGAACCCCGCUCAGGGCUCUCACGGGGGCGGAAGGGCGGCCGGCAUGCGGCUCCUGGCGAGACUCGGGGUCCACCCGGGCGCGCUGGCCUACUCCAUGACCACGCUGGGCGCCGGCAUGAUGAACAGCAUCUUCAGCUUCUACUACGUCAAGCUGUUCCUGGACAAGUUCCAGAUCUCGGAGUCGGCGUUUCACCAGGCGCAGGUGAUCUACAUGGUCUGGAACGCCGUGAACGACCCCCUGUUCGGUUACGUCCAGGACAACUCCGGGGUGCCCUGCUGCUCCCGCCGCCGGCUGGCCGUCCUGUAUGGGGCGCCCUUCUACGCCCUGGCCUUCCUGCUGGCCUGGUUCCCGUGGCGCCCCUACGCGGCGGGGGACUGGCUGAGCGGUGUGCACCUGAUCGUGGCGCUGUGUGCCUUUGACGGCAUGCUGACCUUCGUGCUCCUGGCCCAGUGCGCCCUCUUUGCCGAAAUAUCUGUCCAGCACGAGAGCAGGCUGAAGCUCAUCAAGUACAACCAGGUGGCGUCCCUGCUGGGCUCCUCCAGCGUGCUGUUCUGUGGGCUGAUGUCUGGGAACAUGGAUAACUUCCCAGCGUUCCAGGCCUUCACCGUCGCAGCCGCGGCGCUGGCGUGCGGCUGCAUGCUCUACACGGGCCUCCACAGCGAGAGCCGCUACGCGGGGCGGGGGGGCCAAGCGGAGGAGCAGCCUCCGGGGGGCGCCGCCCUGUCCCUGGCCUCGGUCUGCUCCCUGACCUGGCAGAUCCUGAACCAGAGGGACUUCCAGCUCUUCGUGACCAUGAACUUCUUCCAGGUCUUCAUGGUGGCGUUCUGCAACAACUUCGCCAUGAUCUUUGCGGAGCACCUCAUUCCCAGGGAGGUCUUGCCCUCGCUGGCCAAGAGCAUCAUGUAUGGAGUCGGCUUCAUCUGCCCACAGGUGCUGGUCCUGGGCUGUCAGCGCCUGCUGCGCACACUGGGCUACUACAGGCUCGUCUUGUUCACCUUCUACCUGGAGGUGGGAGCCGGAGCUGUCAUGCUGCUGCUGGGCUCGCAGCACUACUACGUGUUGGCCCUGUUCCUAACGGGAAACAUGGUGUUGGUUCAGGCUGCUUUUAGCCUCUUCAACUUGCCUUUGGCCGACAUCAUUGACGCCGACUUUAACAAACACAAACGCAGCUCUCCGCUGUCCUCCAUGGUGUUUGGUACCAACGCUUUCUUCACCAAGCCUGCCCAGUCCCUGGCGCCCAUGGUGGUGGUCACCAUUCUCAACCAGUUUGGCUACAAGGAGCUGAAGGAGGCGGGCGCGGCUGUGGACCCCAGUUCUCUGCAGGCUCUCCACGGCGCCAUGUUCUACCUGGUCUGCCUGGUGCCGAUGUUCGUUGCCGCCUUGCAGAUCGCAGCCUGGACUCCAUUCUCCAUCAGAGAGAGCCACACGCUGGACGCUAAAUACCUUGAGACUUAGGGAGCCACAGCCUUUGACGAAGGAAGGAGGAGGCGUGUGCAAUCACAUGAGGUCAAUGGACGACACCCAGCUUCGAACUGGUGUCCCUGUACACGCCGUUUCCUCUUUUCUCACGGGUGUGUAAUAGGACAGGCGGGAGCCGUCUCCCCCUGGACUGCCAUAUUAAAAAAAACUGGUGAAAAUGGUUUUGCUAAGGUGGCAUAUCUAGGAUUUCUGAUCAGCAGAAGCUCGACGUUGAUGGAUUGGGCUCCUCCAAUGAAAGUAAUGCAGUGUGUAGCAUACCAUAAGAAUGUACAAAAAGUUACAGAAGCCUAGAGGCUGUUGGGUCCAUCUAGCCCUUUUGAUAGUAGCUAACUGAUCUGAAGAUCUCUUCCAGCUGUUUCUUGGAAGAAGUCAGGGUACUGCCUUCAACAAGAUGGCUGGGGUGGCUUGCGCCACACUCCUACAACCCUUUGAGUAAAGAAGUGAUGCCUGUUCUAAUUGGAGGAUCAUGUCUACCCACUUCUUGAGAGGUGCCAGGGUACCGGCCUCAACAGCACAGCUGGCUGGCCUGUUCCAGACUCCCACCACCUUUUGGGUAAAGAGGUGGCUCCUGUUCUCUGUUUUAAACUAGUUUGCACAGCUUCCACUUGCCUGCUCUGCUUGGUGACUGCUGGGGAAUGCUUUGUCGAUGCCCUUGAGGAUUCUGAAUGCUGGUGUCUGGUCCCAUCGUGUCCCCAUGAACUCUGUGGGCUGUGUGGCACUAAAGCACAAGAAGCCCGUGGAAGAGUCAAGUGCUUCUCCACACAGCUCUUGACUGCGCGGUCACAAGCCUCUCCUCCAGUAGUUUUGAGGGCUGUGGCUGCACCUGCACUGUGCCUUUUCCGUCCCUGCUGGGGGGGGGGGCGCGCAGUCGUGGCCGGGCCCCAGGUUACGGAGUCGUCUCGAGCGAACGAACAGUGAGACCAGUGUGUCGAGCGAGGCCAGGGGCAGCGGAUCAGCGCUCAGCAGUGUGUGAAGAGCAGGGAGCCAUGCGAUCCCUGAGAAAAACACCAGCCAGGAGAAACAGCCAAGCAGUCCGGUGCCGUGAAAGCAACCUCUGGGAAAGAAAACGACUCAAAACCAAGAAUGGAACAGUGAGAGAUGCCAUUGAAGAACCUGUUUAAAAAGGGGAAAAAAGAGCUGCUUUGAAUACAGAACAUCGCAUUGGCUGACAAAUUCACACAGCACUGCAUCAUUACAGGGUUAUUGUAUUACAAAUAAUAGAUAAAUAUUCAUUUUA